AUGGCGACCGCGAAACCCUCCGACGAAGCCGCCCCAUCCCUUGCCGAUGAUCAUGCCGCCAACGUCGGCUCCUCGAGCGCUCCGCCCACCUACGCCUCCUUCUCCCCUGUAACUCUAUCGUCCAACACCCCGAGCCGUUCGUCCCGGUCCCGACCCUCCACCAUUCUCGUCCACCAGAAGAGCCCGCUGCUCCUCGCCACACCUCCCCAGAUCACCCGCGCACUCGCCUAUUCGCAUCCGUUCCUCCUUCCCUUGAACAAGGCCGUCGGGCUGCUGAGCUGGACAACCUCCGACCCAUGGGAGAGCUUCCUUGUGGUGUGCGCCUUCUGGGCCGUCGUCAUCUACGGUGACAUGGUCAUUCGGGUCGCCGGGCCCAUCGUCCUGGUCCUCACCCUCAUCCUCGCCAUGUACGGGCGUCGCUUUAGCCCCCUGAGCAGCGCCAGUCAGGCCGACGCCCUAUCGCGGGAUGCCGACGCCUCGCGCUCCCAACCCAACAACCCCGGUCGCGCUCGUGCCGGUUCCGAGGCCACCAGUACCCGCCACCACAAGACCUUGGACGAGAUGGUCGAGACGCUUAAGGAGUUUACCGGCCGCUGCAACGUCCUAUUAGGUCCCGCCCUCGAGCUCACCGAUUUUCUCAGCACCCAACGCACCCCGACCAGCGCCACCACCCGACCGGCCCUCAUCGCCCUCUUCGUUCGCAUCCUCUUUUGUACCCCGUUUUGGUACGCCCUCACCCUGCCGCCCAUGCGCAUCAUCACCACCCGCCGCGUCAUCCUCCUCAUCGGCACCUUGGUCCUCACGUGGCAUGCCCGCAUCAUGCGCGUGGCUCGCGCCAUCCUCUGGCGCAGCGCCUCCGUCCGCCGCACCGUCGCCCUGGUGACGGGCCUCAGGUUCGAAAGCCCCGUCAGGUCCUCCUCCUCCUCCUCCCCUUCGUCCUCUUCUUCUUCUUCCUCCACGACCGGCACUGCGGGAGAGGGCCGCCCAGAUGAUGUCGUGAUCACCACGUCGGGCGGCACCGUGCGGAAGCCGGCGCAGAAUUCCGAGUCGGAGCUUACUCGGGCGCUGCGGAGACGGGACCACCGGCCCGGCGGCGGCGGCGGACGCGAUGCCGGCGUCAAGUUCACGUUCAUCAUCUACGAGAACCAACGCCGCUGGGUCGGCCUGGGCUGGACCCAGAGCUUGUUUGCCUACGAGCGUGCCGCGUGGACGGACGAGCACAACAACCCCGUGCCGUCCAAGGACGUCUUUGAGCUGCCUGAGGUGGAGGAGGAGACGCGGAUGCAUUGGCGGUGGGUGGAAGGGAGCACUUGGCGCGUGGACGGGGUGAAGGAUGAUGGGAAGGAAGUGGAUUAUGAUGACGAGCAGGGGAAAAAUGGGUGGAUUUACUACGAUAAUACGUGGCAAAACGGACGGCGCGGACAGGAUGGAUGGGGUCGAUGGACUCGUCGCCGGAAAUGGUACCGCGACGCCGAGCUGGUCGAGAUUGAUGAGCCAUCUGCGCCACCGACGGAACGCAUAACGACCCCUACGCAAGCUUCGGCCAGUGCUUCGGAGCCCAACCUUACGACCGAACGGUACAGCACCCUCUCUGAGAAGAUGGUCGCACCGACGCAGUCCACCCCCAACCUAGCCAUCGCGAGCCCGGAAGCAGGAGGAGGAGCAGCAUCCACAGACGAAGGAAGCACCUCGGCGACCGGGAGAAAGGGAUACAUCGAGGGACACCAUCCGGCACCGUCAACUUCGGCUCCUUCGACGUCGUCGAGCGGGGCCAUGUCGUUUUUCCGGAUGCGCAGGGGGACGAACCAGAGUGUAGCCACGACGGCGUCGUCAUCCAUUGCCGUGCUUGCCGAGGGCGCAGACGAGAAGGGAAUCGGCAAGGGAAAGGGAAAGGCGAGAGAGAAGGAGAAGGAGAAGGAGAAGGGAAAGGGAAAGGGAACGGGCAAGGGGAGGGAUCGGAGCGCGAGCGAGGCAGCGCUAAGUCGGGACGGGGAAGAGGAGGAGGAUGAACUGGACGCGUUGGAGCUGCGAGUGAAUCUGGAGCUGCAGGGUCAGGGGAAUGGGGGACGCUGGGGGAUAGGAGAUGAGGCGAGAAUGAGUUUAGAGUGA